AUGAAGACUUGCCUUGGAGUCGAUGAAGAAAUAGUCCAUGAUAUUGAAAACGGCACGCUACCAACAGCAAAUCCACCACAACCACAACAACAAGCAGCGGAGCAACAGAACCAGCAGAAGGCUAAAAGGGUUGAAUCUUAUGAAGUUUUUCGUCACCGAAAGGAUGCUGAAGCAGUAGUUGGAUUUCACAGCGGAGAGUGUGCUAUUUGUUUGGGGGAGUAUGAGGAAGACGAUGAGUGUGUGAUGCUUAAGAAAUGUAAGCACACGUACCAUCGUGAAUGCAUUGAUAAGGUGGAACAAGAUUCGUGUCCGGUUUGUCGUCAUAGUAUUGAUGUGAAAAUAGAAAAAUCUUAA